AUGCCGCCGGAUGGGUCAAAAAUAUAUGGCUAUCCAGAAGAUAUAGAUCAGGUCACUAGAAAAUUGAAAGUCGGUGUUGUUUCGGCUACGCACUUGGCCAAGAGGGGCGUUCUAUUUGGCUCUAAUGAUCCUUAUAUAAAAGUCACACUACGAGAGACCUCGGGGGCCAUCGAUAGCAUUUCUACGAAGGUGAAGAAGAAGACGCUAAAUCCCCACUUCGAUGAAGAAUUCGUAUUUCGAGUAAAGCCAGGCCACUGCACAGUCUUUUUCGAAGUAUACAACUCAAACAAGCUAAAGGAUGAUGAUUUCUUGGGUCAAACAGAGAUCCCAGUUCUUCAAAGUAUACCAGUUGAAAAACCUGACGUACGAAGCGUGGGAGAAAAAGACUGUAUUUUGCGACCAAGAGCCACGAAAAAUCGAGUCAGAGGACACAUAAAAAUCCGGCUGCGAUACGAAAUUGAUGAAGCUUGGGAUGCACAGGCAGAAAAUAACGAAGAUGAAGCAGAAGAAGAGACACCAGCGGUUUCCGAAGCGACGACUCCAUCUUCGAACGGCUCCGGUGAUUCCAACUGGGAAGUCGUUGACAACCCUCUCCCUCCCGGAUGGGAAGAAAAGACAGAUAACCUCAGAAGAACGUAUUAUGUUGAUCAUAAUACGAGAACGACGACUUGGAGAAGACCUACUGGUGGAGUAACAAUUCAGGCUCAAGAAAGUUCCGAACAAUCAGAAGCGUCGGAACCGUCCAGUGAUGCUAUUGCGAGAUCAAUAAGCCACACAGAAGAUAGUCAGUUUAUGAACAGACGUCUCGUUUCCGAUUUCCAGGAAAACCAAGCAGUGAGAGAAACUGAAGAUCUCAGCAGUCAGGCGGAGAAUUUGAGGGUUUCCGAGGAUUCGUCGUCAAAUCUUGCGCCAGGUUGGGAAGAAAGGAUAGACCCAAGAACUGGUCGAACAUACUAUGUUGAUCAUAACUCUCAAACAACAACUUGGGAAAAGCCUACCGCUGUUUCGACAGAAACCUUCACAACACCUCAAGGAGGGGAGUUUAUGCCUGAGAACUGGGAGAUGAGGAUAGCACCGAACGGCAGGCCGUUUUUCAUCGACCAUGUGAGUAAAAUCACGACUUGGGAUGAUCCAAGGAGGCGUGGGCCUGCGCCAAGCCGGAAAGAUUAUAGUAAUCCAGAAGAGCUCGGUCCGCUUCCCGAAGCGAAAUAUUUUCAGAACACUCGUCAAACGACUUGGGAAGAUCCUCGAAUCAAAAACCUCAUAGGACAAACACCAGCUGUGCCAUAUUCAAGAGAUUAUAAGAAGAAAUACGAAUACUUCAGGUCAAAAAUUCGAAAGCUCGCUAUCACUCAACCCGGGCAGAGAUUUGAUAUCAAGGUUAAACGAACCGAUAUCCUUGAAAACUCGUAUCUACGCAUCUCUGCUCUGAACUCGAGAGAAAUCAACCAAGUUCGAGCUAGACUGUGGAUUGAGUUCGUUGGCGAAAAAGGUCUUGACUAUGGUGGAGUCUCCAGAGAAUGGUUCUACCUUCUGUCAAAAGAGAUGUUCAACCCUUACUACGGUCUUUUCCAGUAUUCGGCGGCCGACAACUACACACUUCAAAUCAAUCCUAAUUCGAAAAUGUGUAAUCCCGACCAUCUUUCAUACUUCAAGUUCAUCGGAAGAGUUGCAGGCAUGGCUGUUUUCCAUGGAAAACUCCUGGAUGCCUUUUUCAUUCGACCAUUUUACAAAAUGAUGCUCAAGCAGGCUAUCACUAUGGAGGACAUGCAAUCUGUCGACUCUGAGUACCACAAUUCGCUCACCUGGAUCAUGGAAAACGAUCCAGAACCUCUUGAUCAGACCUUCACUUACGACGACGAGCAGUUUGGCGAGAUCGUCCCUAUCAACCUCAAGGAAGACGGCGAAAACAUCAUCGUUACGGAAGAAAACAAGAAAGAAUACAUUGACUUGUUGAUCAAAUUCAAAUUUGUCGACCGAGUCAAGCCUCAAAUGGACGCUUUCUUAGCUGGUUUCCAUGAUGUCAUUCCAGAAGGCGAGAUUUCAAUCUUUGAUCCGGCCGAACUUGAACUUCUCAUGUGCGGUUUAGGUGACCCAGAUGUUGCUGACUGGAAGAAAAAUACCAACUACAAGUCUGGCUACGGCCCUACACAUCAGGUUAUCCUGUGGUUCUGGCAAGCUGUCGCUCUUAUGUCUCCAGAAUCUCGUGUUCGUCUCUUACAAUUCGUCACCGGUACUUCCCGAGUUCCUAUGAACGGUUUUGCCGAACUCUGGGGCUCAAGUGGGCCACAAUGUUUCACUAUAGAAAACUGGGGUGAUCCUUCCAAACUUCCCAGAGCACAUACAUGUUUCAACAGACUGGACCUGCCGCCGUACACAAGCUUUGAAGACCUACGCGACAAAAUACACAUGGCGAUCGAAGCCUGUUCAAUUUUCGACGGAGUCGACUGA